AUGUUAAAUGAGACCUCAACUUCUUCGGCGCUUUUGGCCGAAGACUUGGAUUACAGGCAGAAAGCACCUCAAGAUGAUGUGAUUACGUUGCUAGAUCAGGUUACACAGCAACACCCUCAUCGCGAUGCAGUCGAGUCGAUGCAUCAGAAGGGUCUGCUUGGCAUUGGGAACGUGCGAUGGUCUUUCGCUCAACUACAAGAAGCCAGCGUUAAACUAGCAACCUCUCUUUCAACGGUCGGGAUUCAGCGCGGAACCCGAGUAGCUGCCUUUCUCUUCAAUCAAGCCGAAUGGCCUCUUAUCUUCCUUGCGACGGUCAGGCUAGGGGCUCAUUUUGUUCCUCUUGAUCCUCGUAUGUUGAGUCGGCAAGACGAUGCGCGAUACAUUCUGGAGAAAGUCGAAGCACGACACAUCUUUGUUUCGGACAAAUCCAUGUUGAGUGCAGUCGACAGUAUUUUGGCUCACAAUCUUGAGGAAUCCAUUUUCAAAUGCAUUGUCUCUACUACCAAAAGCAAUGACCUCCCAUCUGGAUGGAUCACCCUGCCUCAGUUGAUGGAGACAGUGCCAGAGUCAUCUCCCUCAAUUACGCAUCUGGCCCCGAACGACAUAAUAUUGUUACUAUGCACUAGCGGCACCACUUCUCGGCCUAAGGUCUGCCCCCACACUUCCAUCACCAUCGUGACUCCUGCGCUUGCCCUGGCCGACCACUUCGGUGUCACGCCAAAUCAGCCUCUCUGCCAACAUUUACCCUCAUUUCACGUAUUCAGUGUGGUGAUGACACUGGCCUUCUGGCUGUCAGGGGCGACUGUGAUAUUUCCCAGUAUCUCGUUCGAUGUCGCAGCUUCAUUCAACGCCCUCAGGUCGAAUUUGAAAACUCAUAUGCCAUGUGUUCCAGCUAUGGCGCAGGCCAUGAAAGCAUACGCGCUAUCCCAAGAUCAUCCUUUACCAGCGCCGUAUCACAUUAUUCUUGGCGGUACUUCUAUAUCCCCGGAUAUGGUGGACGUAUGCAGGGCCUUUGGGACACAACAAAUUACCGCGGGGUAUGGCAUGACUGAAGGAGUUGCAACCUUGAUUCAUGCCAUGGGCUCCUCCCAAUCAGAUGUGGUGGACGGCUAUGUAUGUCUUGGAAGGGCCAUCGCAGGAGCAAAAUUGCGCAUGUGUCGUUUUGGGACCAGAGAUGCUGUGCAGCGAGGCGAGAUAGGCGAGCUGCAUCAAGGAGGCCCUCCAGUUAUCUCGGGCUAUCUGAGUGCCACUGCUGAAGACAAUGCCUGUUGCUACAGCAAGGACGGUGUGAACUGGUGCGCUACUGGGGACCAGGGUUACAUGGACAGCCAGGGACGAGUGUACUUGCUCGGAAGAUACAAGGAUCUCAUCAUCCGUGGUGGAGAAAAUAUUUCUCCCGCAAAAAUCGAGCAAUGUUUGCUUAAGUUUCCCCAUAUCCAUGCUGCUUGUGCUAUAGGCAUUCCCGACCCAGUUGCAGGGGAAGUACCCAUCGCCAUAGUCCAGACUCAGAACAUCACUCAGAUGACAACCUCUGAGAUCCUGUCAAUCGUGGCCGCGGAACUAGGACGUUCAUUCGCGCCUACGAUGAUUCUGGACUUGAAAAAUGAUCUUGAUAAAGAUUGUUACCCCACCACAACCUCCGGUAAGAUCCAAAAGGCAUCUCUUCGAGAAUGGGUCAUCGACUACCUGGAUCAAGUUGCACCCAAGAAACUGGAAGCUAGUGAUAUUUUGUCCGAGCUGACAGCUUGUUGGUCCGCUGUAUCUGGUCUAUCGGUGGAGGAGAUUGACCAGAACAGACCGAUUCGCUCUUUUACCGACAGCACAAUGAUUAUUCAGUUUCUGCAUAUCGCGGCUCAAAGAAGUUUGAAUCUCACAUUCAAAUUGCUUACCAUCCAUACAACAAUUCAUGAGCAGGCUACAUUCCUCAGUAUGGAGAAGUUGCCACCCAAUCUUCCUGUGAGCGAAUCUCCAGUCGAAAAGCGUUCACUUGUGAAUACAUCUCCGCUGGCCUGGGAAUCUGAUAAAUUUCUCCAUGAGGACCUCGUGAACAUCAAACUUCAAGAAUUGGGGUUGGAACGGGGCGAUGUAGAGUCUAUCUUCCCGAUGACAGAUUAUUCAAGCAACUUUUCUCGCGAUCGAUCGAGGCCUACGGCGUGGAACUUCCGCUUCACUUGGUCAGUUGAGAAAUCUAUGAGUGAAGCACAACUUUUAUCAACUUUGGAGACAUGGCUCACACGCCAUCCCUUGCUCCGAUGUACAUCCGUGGUGUGCAGUGAGGAUUUAGAGGUAGUUUUGGUCAUGCGGCCUCAUGCACAAUGGCUCAAACACCAAAUCCUUCACGCUGGUGAAGUCCAGGACCUGAAAGCUGCGAUUCAAUAUAGACUGAACGACCCUGAGUACGACUAUGUGAAUGCUACAGGUCCGUUUUUCAAGAUUGCCAUCCUGAAAACGCAAAAUCCUACCGCUCAUGCUCUCGUGAUGCAUUUCCACCACGCUCUAUAUGAUGCUUUGUCUUUGAUCAGAUGGCUUCAGGACCUGAAACAAAUGUUCAAUCACAAUGGAGACUCAUCCCUCCAGUUCGUUCCUUACAAAGACUUCGCUGAACAGUAUUACGAAUACCGAAGCUCCCGAUCUGCCGAAGAAGCGGUCGACUUCCAUGUUUCCCGACUCAGCGGCAUCUCGUCUUCCAAGAAUGCCAUAUGGCCCCCGGACGCAUCAGUCAGCACGGAAAUAUCCCUUGAUGUACAAGAAAUUGUACCUGGGACAAUGCCUGUGGGAGCCGUGGAUAAGUCUUGUGGGAUGCAGGGGACCAACUGCUAUUUGCGGUUGACCGAACUUGCAGCCAUGAAGUCCCAAUUCACCAUUAGUGCACCUAUCAUAGCCAUGACUGCGUGUGCUCUUGUGAAUGUUCGGCAAACCAAAGCCUCUGAGGCAAUAUUCAACAAUCUUUUGUCAGGCAGGACCUGGCCACUCGCAGACAACGCUCAAGGCGGCCUCGCAAACAACAUGUUAGAAGUCGACGGACCAACGCUGACCUAUACUGUCAGCCGCAUUCGGAUUGACGAAAACGAGACUGCUAUUCAGCUUUUGCAACAUGUCCAGAGCGAACAAGAUCAACUUGCGAUUCAUGCGCACGCCCCGCUUAAUCAAAUCAAUCGGAGGCUCAAAGAAAUGGAUACUGAGAAAGGUGCUACUGAUGUGUCAUUGAUGGACACCGUCUAUCGGCGGCAGGCCUUUGAUUGGCUUCUAGAGCAGUACAGCGAGAGUGGUACCGAUGUCAUGAAGCUUGUCAAUGAUGACAGCCGGAGCAAUCUGGGCUUCGUAUGGUUUCCCUUCAUCAAGGAUGGUAACUUGCUGCAUCUUAACGUGACUUUCGACGAUGCACUCUUGAGCAGAAGAGAAGUACAAAAAGUCACAACCGAAUUCAUGUGUGCGGCUGCGUGGCUUUCAAACCCAGCGAACGCGGAUCGACCUCUUUCCCAAUGUCAAUUUUCCGGGUAUGAGGUGGCGUAUCAACAGCCACUGUGA